UCGGCAUAUUUUUGUUACGACAGUACGUAAAUCAAGGGCAACCAUCAAAAUGGCGUCCAUAAGCAUGCCAUGCUUGAGACUUUUAAGAGCCAGCAACCAAACAGUGUUUCGGCAAUUUAUCCCCACACUUAACCAUGCUUCUUGCAUACACACCUGCAAUACCCUCAACACAGCUUACAGAAACACAGACUUUGAUAAGAGCUUGGGCUUUAAGAUGAAGUCUUGGAAGUGGGAGAAGUAUAACCAUAUUGUGUAUCCCCCACAGAAGGAAGGCGAAAAUAUCAGGCCAGCAGAAAUCUGCCAUGCUAGAUUUCAAAUCAAGUACAGUCCCCUGAAGAUGUGGUACAUUGCAGGUGUGAUACGAGGGAUGUCAAUAGAUGAAGCAUUGAAACAGCUGUCAUUUUACAAGAGGAAAGGGUCUGCUGUCAUGAAGGAGGUGUUGGAGGAGGCCCAGGAGAUGGCAGUCCGAGACCACAAUGUAGAAUACAAGUCCAAUUUGUGGAUUGCCUCGUCGUUUGUUGGUAAAGGUAAGACUGUGAAGGGUCUUCGGAAACACCGCGGCCCCAGGUACGGGAUUAUCCACUACCGCUACUGCAACAUCUUCAUCAGACUACAGGAGGGACCCCCUCCCAAACACUACUACCCCCCUCCUGCCACAGGACACGAAAAGAUGGAGGAGUUUAUCAAGAACCAGAGAUCCAGAAGGAUUAUUCACUCUUUAUGAGACUAUCCCUUUCAAAUCAUUUAUUUUAUUUUACUCCUGGGACAAGGACUUGCCACAGCUAGACCUGCAUAACAAGUCUUUGCAGAGUGGUUCUCGGAUAUUUGCAAUUUGCUUUAUUGGUCGAAUUUUGUUUGGUCCUUGCUGGUGAGUUUCAUCAGUGUGAUUCAUAUCUGUGACCAAUGUUAUUUUGAAAUUUCCCACAUGAAAUUGGAGCAUGGGUGGCCCAGAGGACUAAGUUGUCAGCUUGCAUCACCUAGUCAUUGGUUCAAAUCUCAGAUUCACCAGACUGACAUUUGGUUAAUCAUCACUGUCCUCCUUGAGGUUUAUGGACGUGUUAAACAGCUGGUAAAUGCCUUCAAUGUGCAGCACAGGCCUCUUCCAGCAUCAUACAUCAUAAAGCUGACAUGUUUCAAGCAGUUGUAAGUCGAGUAGCACACACAGGAAGUCAACUGGUGUGGGUUACCUGCAGGGCUGUAGAAAGGAUGGUCCACCAACUCCCUCUCCAUGUGAUGUUUUUUAUCUAGCAGGGGUGGAAAUAACUUUAAAAUUGCUAGUGUACUCCGGUACAGUGGCACAUGUAAAAUCACUUGCCCUGAUAAUUCUUCCACUAUACCGGCCUAUUUUCUUGUCGUGACAACAUAAUAAACAUGGGAAAGUCAACUGGACACCGGUACAGUGUGAUAUACAAAUUUGCUAGCCCAACAGAAAAAAACACUGGACUGGGGCGUCGGGCAAUGGGUUAUUUCCACCUCUGAUCUAGGCAGCUGUUCCUGGAACUAGGAUGAAGAUUGAGGAAAAUAGGUCGAAGAAGUGCACACCAACAUCUGGGUUACAUCAUGUGGUAAACUAGUGUCGCAUCAAGGGUCUGCUUCUCAGUUGUAGACAAUAAUAUAUUCAAGUUGCUAAGUUAGUAGUGUGUGUGAGAGAAUGUUUGUACAGAAGAAUAAACUGUAAAUAUCUU